AUGAAGACAGCCAUCUUCGGUGGUGGUGAUCCAUCUUCAAAUAGCUCAACAGCUAAUGCUUCAGGACCUCCUCCAUUAACAUUCACUCCACCAGCUCUCCUUUCUGCAACAACUUCUUCAACACAUCAUGGAAGGAGAAGUGGUUCGAGUGGUGUGUCUAAUGUUAGAAGUAUAUCUCAUGCAACUAGGAGACAUUCAAGAAUGCAAAAUGUAGGAUUAUUAAAAAUUAUUCUUGAUAGUUCUUAA